UCAACUUUUCAUCAGUUCAGCUUCAGUUCGGUCUUUUUAUCCGUGUGUGUAAGGGAAAUUGCAGCUGAAAGUAAUGUCCACGAUAAAUUUGCCAUUAAAUUUGACUGUUCGCGUCCACCCGGUCGUGCUGUUCCAGGUAGUGGAUGCUUACGAGCGACGAAAUGCCGAUUCGCAAAGAGUUAUCGGAACAUUGCUAGGUUCUGUGGACAAAGGCGUAGUUGAGGUCACCAAUUGUUUCUGUGUUCCUCACAAAGAACACGCUGAUCAGGUCGAGGCGGAGCUAGGAUAUGCAUCUGACUUGUAUGAUUUAAACCGGCGGGUCAAUCCAUCGGAAAACAUUGUCGGUUGGUGGGCCACUGGCCAGGAGGUAACCAAUCACAGUUCGGUUAUCCAUGAAUACUAUGCACGCGAGUGCAACAAUCCGAUCCACUUGACUCUGGACACAUCGCUAACGGGAUCACGCAUGGGAAUCAAAGCAUACGUUUGCGUAUCGCUCGGUGUUCCCGGUGGUAAAACAGGUUGCAUGUUCACUCCAAUUAACGUCGAAGUAACCAGCUACGAACCGGAAGUUGUUGGUUUGAAACUUUGUUCGAAAACGAUUGGCGUUCAAUCGAAUCCUAUUCGUCCACGCACCGUUUCGCCGAUGUUGGAUUUGGCCCAAAUUACUGAAGCUUCCGGAAAGCUUCUAACCCUUUUGGGAGAGGUGCUGAACUAUGUGGAGGAUGUGUUAUCUGAAAAGCAGCAACCGGACAACACCGUUGGGCGGGCCCUACUUGAUCUGAUCCAUUCAGUGCCGAACAUGACUACGGACCAGUUUGCUCAGAUGUUCAAUUCAAACGUGAAGGACCUAUUAAUGGUCGUUACUUUAUCUCAGCUUAUUAAGACCCAGUUACAGUUGAAUGAGAAAUUAACUAGUUUGACGUCGUUCAUCAAUUAAUAGAACCGGAGUACAAUAUACAGGCAUAAAGGACACGUUGAAAGUUGAAUUGAAGAGAGACAAGAAAACAAGAACAUUUUGCGAACGACCUAGACGAACAAUUAAAUAGGCCGUAGUAUCCAUAAUUUGAGAGCCGUAAUAGGUUAUAAUAAAAAUGGUUUGGAUAGCACAA